AAUUAGUAACCCCACCAGUAAGCCGUACACAAAAGAGGCAUAAGAUGGCACUAGCUGUAAGCUGUCAUGCAAAAAGGCUAGUUGGUGAGCCUGCCGAUAAGCCGUACGCUGAAGAGGACUUUAUUUAUACAAAGGGCAAGCCUGCCUGUGAGACGUAA